GCACUUCAAGGAUUCAUGCAGGAAAUGUCGAACAAUCUCCUGGGGAAUCCACAUUCCGAGUCCCGGUCAUCUCGGCUUUCCACGGCGAAGGUGGAUGAUAUCCGGAAGCGUACGCUCGAGUUCUUCCAUGCAGAUCCGAGACACUUUGAUCUGGUGUUUGUGAUGAAUGCCACUGCCGCUGUGAAGCUGGUUGUUGAAGCUUUGAAACAUUUCCCUGUGCCCAAGACCAGGGGUCAUGAUGGAGAAUUCAUAGGGCCCCGAUUGUGGUUUGGACAUCACAUCGAAUCUCACACCAGCAUCGUCGGAGUCAGAGAGCUGGCCGAUGCGGGACAGCACUGUUUCGAGUCUGAUGCCGAGGUGGAGUCAUGGAUCAGACCGGCACCAUGCAAGGAGGAAAGCGAUCGAUGCCCUGGGCAAGUGUCCAAGACCUUUCAGGUCGGGCUAUUCGCAUACCCGGGACAGUCCAACAUGACGGGACGUCGACUGCCGCUGAACUGGCCAGGGCGUCUACGUCAAUCCGAAUAUGCAGCCCAUCAGAAGAUCUUCACAUUGUUAGAUGCGGCCGCGCUGGCCUCCACCGCCCCACUGGAUCUGAGUGAUCGGGACGCGGCCCCUGACUUCACAGCUGUUAGCUUUUACAAGAUCUUUGGCUUUCCUGACCUAGGAGGCCUCAUAGUGAGGAGAGAAUCGGCGCACAUUCUCACGCAACGACCCUACUUUGGCGGGGGCACCGUGGAAAUGGUGGUCUGCUCCGAUCAGCCGUGGCAUUCAAGGAAGAUCGAUCGGUUGCACGAAAGUCUGGAAGACGGUACCAUUCCUUUCCACAGCAUCAUUGGUCUUGGCUGUGCACUGGAUAGCCAUCGGCAGCUGUAUGGCUCCCAAGAGCAGGUCUCGCGCCAUACGACUGGUCUUACCGCCAUGCUCUAUCACCAGCUCUCAGCCUUGAAGCACCCCAACGGCACUAGGGUGUGCAUGAUCUACCAGGAUCCAGCAGCGCAAUACGGGAACUCCAAGACACAGGGACCCAUAAUCGCCUUCAAUAUCCAGUCGGAUGAUGGCCGCUGGCUUCGGCUGUCCGUGCUCGAAAAUGCAGCUAAUGAACACCACAUUCAUUUGAGGACUGGCGAUCUCUGCAACCCCGGGGGCCUCACAAAGGCAUUAGGUCUAGAGCCGUGGGAAUGCAUCCGCAACUAUACUGCAGGGGUGCGAUGUGGAUGUCGAAAUAUCCUUGUCGGGUCAAAGCCAUCGGGAGUUGCUCGGGUAAGCCUGGGAGCCAUGAGCACCCCUCAAGAUGUGCAGAGAUUUGUGGCCUUUAUCCACCAACAGUAUGGGUCCGGGAAAUGGAUAAACCACCCCCUGACGCCUCCCAUCCAAUCCGCACCCCUGGAGCUGCGCAUACACAGCGUCAUUGUCUACCCGAUUCGAGGCUGCUGUGCGUACUGGGUCCCGGAUGAUGAACCGUGGAAUGCCACCCCGACGGGCUUGCAGUGGGAUCGACAAUGGUGUUUGAUCCACCUCCAGACCGGGGAGAUUCUGAAGCAAAAACAGGUCCCUCGCCUGAUGCUAGUCCAUCCCGAGAUCGAUUCCCGCAGACAGGUGUUAAGAGUCACCCUUCAUCGAUCCCUGAUGAGGUCUUCAAUUUUGGCGCAAUGUGUUGAGGUGCCCUUGUAUGAGCCCGAAGAAAAGAUCAUUUCGCCCAUUGGCAGAAACAGAGAGAAUAGCAUUCGUGAAGUGUGGGAUGAUUCCAGGUGCUCCACGGCCCAGGUACUGCUAUCACAGUCGCCCGAGAUAGCAAGCUUCUUUACUGCCGCACUCGGGAUUUCGUGCACGCUGGCCAAGUUCAUCCAGCCACUAAGCCUGCCAGAGCCACCAGAGGGUCUUUCCGAACAGAUGCGACAAGUAACUGUAUGUCGUGGAGUGGAAAGCCCGGGCAGUGGCUCAGAUGUGGACAGUCGUGGUGGCAUUGCACCGUCCGGGCCCGCCUCAUUGAUAUCUGGUCGACAUCGCCCGCGACCGAUCGCCCUGGCCGAGACCCUUAGAGUCAAUGUUGCUCUCACGUCAAAGGACUGGGUGGGCGAUCAGAAGUGGCACUUUCUUCGCAUGGGCGCAACGCUUUUUGAGGACGGUUGCCAUCUUGCUCGCAUGAAGUCGAUGGAAAUCACUGCAGAAAUGCAAACCCCGGAAACAUUUGCAACCACCAGCCCAGUGGUAAAGCUUGGAUGGACUAACAGUGGGAAAGGUAUGGCGGCUGACCCGGGGGAAGAUUCAGGUUGUGAGGUUAUCCGUACUGGUCAAGUUGUUCAUGCGUGAGCUGUGCUGGGAACCAUCGUAAUGGAAUAGAUCAGACUUGGUGGUAGGAGUCAUUUGAUAAGCUCUCGAGUACCACGGCACUUCGCGUUGAUUUCAUGGAGC